GGAGGAAAAGAGGGAGAGGAACAGGGUCAGAGACACAGGGAGGGAGUGAUAGAGGUAGAGGAGUCACCAUCUCUUGCCUUCAUCGAGAAAGUUUGCUUCUGCGACCAAAGAGGAGGAGAGGGAGGAGGAAGAAGAGGCCCAUUGCUAAGCCUGAUUGAGACAGUGUCUAUCAGAGCAGAGAGGCAUGUGUGGUGUAUGAAGGAUGUGCUUCUGUACUCCCACAGACUAUAGUAUCUUCUGGAGCGGUGGAUCUAUAGCCAUGCCUCCCCACAGACUCCCAGCCUGACACACGCUCUGGAGGGACGGGAACAGAGGACAGCCUGAGUGACCUGGAUACGAGCUGAACAGAGCUGAUGCAGUCUACAGUGUACAAGUUAUUUUAAGCAGAUCCUGACUUCAACUUGGUCUGAGUUGAUCCAAACAGAUCCAAAUAGAUUUUGGUCUGGAUCCUGAUCUAAGACUACUUUAGAUGGACCUGGUUCUCAUCUGGUUUUGUGUUUGAGACGCACGUCCAGAACGGUUUUAAUCUGGGGAGUUCCAUAGAAGCACUGUAGUGCUCCAGAUAAAUUUACCCACUCAGGACCAGGACAGUGUGCCAGAAGAGGAGGAUCCAUGUCUGGAUUCAGACAUUUAACACCUAAGCAAUGUUCAGUACCUGUGGUGCCAUGAUGUUUACUGAAUCUGCUAACAUGAACAUACAACACCUGGCACCAUGGACUAACCAGCACUGUCUCCUUAUCGGGGCCCCCUGUUGAUCUUCUGCAGGAGAACUUAGGAGCAGAAAAAUGUGGAAAUUUAAGACAUUCUGUAUGGAUUACUGGCAUGUGUUGUGUCUACAGCCUCACAAUACUUUUCAUAAGAGUGUGGAGGGGGAUGCGCGGCCCAGUGAGAGCGACGGUGGAGCCAGCUACAGGGGCCCAGUGAUCAGCCCAGACCGCUUCGAGGGCCCCCUCUACGGCCACGGAGUGCAGCCCGGCCCCCAGCGGCCCCCCCGCAGGCCCAAGCUCCAGCACUCCCAGUCCAUCCUCCGCAAGCAGGCCGAGGAAGAGGCCAUCAAACGCUCCCGCUCACACUCAGAGGGCUAUGAGCUGUCGGCUGACCUCCAGGACAAACAGGUGGAGAUGCUGGAGCGUAAAUAUGGCGGACGCUUCAUAACCCGGCAUGCGGCCCGAACCAUCCAAACAGCCUUCCGUCAGUACCAGAUGAACAAAAACUUUGAACGCCUCAGGAGUUGUAUGUCUGAGAACCGCAUGUCCCGACGCAUCGUCCUGUCCAAUAUGAGGAUGCAGUUCUCCUUCGAGGGCCCUGAGAAAGUCCACAGCUCCUACUUUGAGGGGAAACAAGUGUCCCUGACAAACGACGGCACCCCCCUGGCCUUGGUACAGUCCGAGUGUGGGGACCUGGAGGUCCACCACCAGGCCAACAUGGCGUCUCACCCGGCCUCCCAGAACCACCUAACGGAUGCCAUCACAGAGCUGGAGGACGCCUUCUCCAGGCAGGUCAAGUCUUUGGCCGAGUCCAUUGACGACGCCUUGAACUGCCGUAGCCUGCAGGACGACGAGGGUCAUGACCCCGAGGCCUUGGGCUGCCCCGAGGUGGAGAGGGAGGUGGCCUAUCAGGUGAAGCCUCACCGCGGGGCGACGGGACGCAAGCGAGAAGACAUGAUGGCAUCCUACAGCGAUGUGACUCUGUUUAUUGACGAGGAGGAACUGUCUCCCUCCAUGGGGCUGUCGCGGGGGCCUGGUGACCAGCCCUCCAGCAUUGAGUCAGACCUCCGCCUGCGCUCGGCCAACUCCUCCCAGGACUACUGGCCACUGGACCCCAAGGAUGACGAGCGUGACACGGACACCAGCUGCCGCAGCACUCCCUCCCUGGAGUGCCAGGAACAGAGGCUCCACCUCCCCCUGCUGACCAUCGAGCCGCCCAGCGACAGCUCCGCCGAACACAGCGACCGCUCUGACCGCAGCUCCAUCAAACGUCCGCCUGUCUACGAGCCUCACGGGGGCGGGCACAUCGUGGCAUCCUCCCAGGCCAGCCCCAAACACAUCUCUCAUGGUCCGCCCCCACGAGGGCCCUCCCGGGACGACGAGGCUCCCCUCCGCCACCGCCACAGGGCGCUGGAGAGCCACCUGGCCAUCAACGGCUCGGCCAACCGGCAGAGCAAGUCUGAGUCUGACUUUUCGGAUGGGGACAACGACAGCAUCAACAGCACGUCUAACUCCAAUGACACCAUCAACUGCAGCUCUGAGUCGUCGUCCCGGGACAGCCUGAGGGAACAGACACUCAGCAAGCAGACGUACCACAAAGAGACUCGCAAUAGCUGGGACUCACCGGUCUUCAGCAACGAUGUGAUCCGCAAGAGGCACUAUCGCAUCGGCCUGAACCUCUUCAACAAGAAGCCAGAAAAGGGUGUCCAGUACCUGACUGAGAGAGGGUUCGUCCCAGACACGCCUGUGGGUGUGGCUCACUUCCUGCUUCAGAGGAAAGGCCUGAGCAGGCAGAUGAUUGGAGAGUUCCUGGGCAACCGGCAGAAACAGUUCAACAGAGACGUCCUGGACUGUGUGGUAGAUGAGAUGGAUUUCUCGUCGAUGGAGCUGGACGAGGCACUGAGAAAGUUCCAGAAUCACAUCCGGGUCCAGGGAGAGGCCCAGAAGGUGGAGCGCCUCAUUGAAGCCUACAGUCAGCGCUACUGCAUCUGUAACCCCACGGUGGUGCGCCAGUUCCGGAACCCUGACACCAUCUUCAUCCUGGCCUUCGCCAUCAUCCUCCUCAACACCGAUAUGUACAGCCCCAACGUCAAGCCAGAGAGGAAGAUGAAGUUGGAGGACUUCGUUAAGAACCUCCGAGGGGUGGACGAUGGGGAGGACAUCCCCAGGGAGACUCUGGUAGGAAUCUAUGAGAGGAUCAGGAAGAGGGAGCUGAAGACCAACGAGGACCAUGUGUCUCAGGUCCAGAAGGUGGAGAAACUCAUAGUGGGCAACAAAAAACCGAUUGGAUCUCUCCACCACGGUCUAGGAUGUGUCCUGUCCCUGCCCCAUCGCAGGCUGGUCUGCUACUGCCGGCUGUUUGAAGUGCCGGACCCCAACAAGCUCCAGAAGCUGGGCCUGCACCAGCGGGAGAUCUUCCUGUUUAAUGAUCUUCUGGUGGUGACAAAGAUUUUCCAGAAGAAGAAGAACUCUGUGACAUACAGCUUCAGGCAGUCUUUCUCUCUGUAUGGGAUGCAGGUUCUGAUGUUUGAGAACCAGCAUUACGGGAAUGGAAUCAAGCUUACAUCAGCCAUACCAGGUGCCGACAUCAAAGUCCUCAUCAACUUUAACGCGCCCAACCCCCAGGACCGCAAGAAGUUUACUGACGACCUGCGGGAGUCCAUUGCAGAGGUCCAGGAAAUGGAGAAAUACAGGAUAGAGUCUGAGCUGGAGAAGCAGAAAGGGGUGGUGAGGCCCAGUAUGUCCCAGAGCUCUGGGCUGAAGAAGGAGGCUGGCAACGGCAACAUGAACCGUGCCAGUCUGGAUGACACCUACACUAUGGGCGAGGGCCUGAAGAGGAGCGCCCUCAGCAGCUCCCUCCGCGACCUCUCUGAAGCAGGCAAGCGUGGGCGCCGCAGCAGUGCAGGAUCACUAGACAGCAAUAUGGAAGGGUCCAUCAUUAGCAGCCCCCACACACGCCGGAGAGCCACGACCCCCCGCAGUGAGGGCCCGCCCCGGGGCCACCCCACCAUCCCCAACUCCUCCUCCCUCCUCGGGUCGCUCUUCGGCAGCAAGCGGGCAAAGCCUUCAUCCCAGAGCCAUCCUCCUCUUCCUCCGCCCGGUCACCCCACCCUCAUCUCCCACACGCCCCAUCCGUCCAACCUCCACCACACAGCCCAGCAGGUAGCCCAGGCCCAGCUCCACCACUCCCAGUACUGCCAGCAGAACCCCCCUCCUUACCACCACCACCACCACUACCACCCCCCGCCCCACACACAGUACCACCAGCACCCGGCAGCAUACGCAUCCUCCUCCCACUCACACCAACACCCGCUUGUACCACAGCACAGUCACAGCACCCACGGCCAUCAUGCCUCACACUCCCAGCAUGCCCUUCACCACCACAGUCAGCAGCAGAGCCCGGCACCCGGCGGGUCCAAACCCAAGCACAGUGGCAUCAGCACCGUGGUGUGACGAGAGAGAGAGAGAGAGGGAGAGAGGGAGAGAGAGGGGGGGUAGAGAGAGAGAGAGAGAGAGAGGGGGGAGGGGGGAGAGAGAGGGGGGGAGGGGAGGGGGAGAGAGAGAGCGACUCGUCCACCAAUGGGACAGAGGGUAUACUGUCCAUGGCCUGUCCACUGUGUUCCACUGCUGUGGUUGAGAUGGACCUCUGGUAGUCACCUGUAUCCCCUCCCUAUUUCAGCAUCUCACCAAUAUGCAGGUUGGAAACCAGACUCAAUUCCUCCACAAAGGGCCACGGCUCGAACCUUAGAGUGGGGGCCUCUUUCUUUCUGUCAGGGGUUGAGAGAGGAGGCGUUUUGUACGGGGAAACCCUUUCCCUCCUAAUCCCUGUGAACUCACACCAAACCCGGCUGUGACGGCUGAAGAGAACCGUGCAUCUCUGUAGGCCUCUCUACAUUGCUCUGUUCUUUCAAUAGCCUGUCUUCCCUUCGUGUAAGGAGUUGGGACAGGCCUGGGAAAACAUUUCUGACUGUUUUCUCUGUCAUGAUGGCAUAUUAUAUUGUACACAGUCUUUUCGAAACAAGGCUAGCUUUAACACUACUUUCUUGAGGUUUGUGAAACCCUUUCUUUAUUUUUAAGAAUGCUAUUUGUUGUUGCCUUUCGUAGAAUUCAUGUAGUGUAGAAAAGCUAGGUGUAAUCAUUUCACAAUACCUAGACCAAUGGACAGGCUAACAACUGAGGAUCAGUCUCAAUGGUAGUAGUUCUAGUGCUGCAUUUACUGUAGAUGACAGCUUUACGUGUUGUCUACUAACUCUCAUUAAUAAAUGUGCCAAUUACUAAUGCAUAAACUAUUUAGUCCAGACUUCAUGUACAGUAUAUUGUGCGUAAAGUACCUUCUAAGAUUAUACAACCAUUAUUAUUAUCAUUAGAAAGGAACUUUCUCAGUAUUAUACUGACUCUAUGGUAACAGGAUAGAUGGAAAGGAGGCGUGAACCCACAUUGUCAGGCAGGCCAAUAACCUGCUCUGGAACCCUUUGCCUUCCAACCAGAGCAUUGAGAGACUCAGGAAUGCAGCUGUGGCACAUGGCCCUCCUAGUGCUGUAUAAAACCUUAGUGGACAGACACUUCUUGGCAUGGGCAUUUACUGAGCAUAUGUUGCUCAUCUGCUGGGUAGAUGGGUCCCUCUCAGCUCAGUAUAGUACUCCUUUAUAUGUUUAGCACUGUGAGUAAGGACAUGUAGUAAGAUAGCAGUGAAGAUGUGUCACAGCUCUCUUGUUGAGCUAAUGGGCUUCUCUUGGCUGUAUGCUGGCUCAGCUCACAGCUUGCCUGACCUAUCGGAGACUUUACUGAUGGACCCACAGUAGAGCUGGUAACGUCUCAUGCCAGUGAUGCAGCUGCAUUCUUGACUCUUCAAAUUGAAAUACAAUAAUCAUUUUUUUUCUUCAUAAUUUACUAUAUUUUUGUUUUCUUCACAAAACCUGAGUAGUUGAGUGACUAAAAUAAGCUCUUAAGUAUGUAGUGAAUUAUUUGUUUGUUUGUCAACUUUGUUUAUAUCAUUCUGUACGUGCAAUAUCUUCGUACUGAUUUUGUACAUUCAGAACAAGCAAAGGGUCCCUUCUGUUUGUUUUGUAUGUUUUCAUGUUGUGUCGUUAUUUAUUUAUUUAGUUCGGACCCCUGUCGUUCUCUCUCAGUGGCUUAAUGUGUGGUUGUUCUCAUGGUUCUCUGAGAAGCACAGUCCUGGAAUUCAGUGGAAUGUCUAAUAAGUGAUGUUGCAUGUAAUGUUAUUGAUGUGAGGCUAUCCUCUCCACAUUCUAUAACAAAUCAGUGUUACCAUAGCGAUUAAAGUGCAAUCACGUUUAAAAAAAUGUAGGCCUUCUACAGGUUCAAGUCUGUUAUCAUGUUGUCCAGGAAGAGAUUCAGGUGAAAAAUAUAUAUUUUUCAUUUCAGAUUAUGUACUGACUUACACAGUUCACGGUGGAAGGAAAGAGGAAUGUGUGUAUAUAUUUUAAAAGGAAUAUGCUUCCCUGUGGGCAGAACAGAACUAUUUUGCUGGAUAAGCACAUAUGAAGGAGCGCUUUCAUUUUUCAGGAAAUCUGGAAAAAAAUGUAGAUCUAAUAUACAGCAAAGAAAUGCAAAAGGAACUGGGAUACAUGUAAAGUAAAAUAACUUUCUACAUUCUACAAAAUAAGAGUCUAUUAUCAUGUGUACAUUAAAGUAAGAGUCAACUGUUUCUCCCAAUAUUCAGGGUGUAAAUGUAUUUUAACAUUCACUAAGAAAACUGAAACCAUAAGACUACAUUCAACACAACCGUUCAUAUUAGAGCCAUGAUAUUAUAACAAAAAAAUAAGGACAUUUAGACAGAUAAACAUAUCUUAUCUGGAACAUGAAUAAUCAAUUGAAUGUCUUUCUAAUAAUUUCAUAUUUGCCUUUUUGUAACUCAGAAAUGGUCGGACAACGUAAAAAAAAAAAAAAAAAGAACGAAAUGUAUACAUUGAUCUUGAUAUGUGUUGUAGUGCUUCAAGAAAUGUCCACAGUGAUCUACAGUCUGAGAAGUACCCCCACAAUGCACUGCAUGGACCUGAUGCAUCGUGUGUCCUUUUCACUGUGAGCUUGCUGACCAGGUCAGCCUGUAAAGUUGAUUGACUUUAUUUCCUUUCCUUUGGUUUAGAUCUGGAAUCUUCUGAUGUUGACUUGCUCUUGCUGUCCCACGUUAAGCUGAUUGUUACUUGAGCUCAGCAUGCAUUUAUUUCAUCUGCAUAUACAUAGCCAUUGUAAAAAGAACAAAACAUUAACACCGUUGCACUUCUGUUGUUAUUGAGCCGAGGGCUAUGGUUGUGUAAAUAGAAGAGUAGAAGUGUUGAUUAUGGAAUUCUAAAAAAGGUGGUUUAUCUAAAAUGAAGAUUAGAAGGGACCAAGUGCGAGAAAAGGGAUAUGUACAUAGUGUGUAUAUUAUCACUACUGUUAUCCAACAUCUGCCGUGGAGAUCAGGGUGGUGUGCCCGUCACCUCAUAUGGGAGGUGGGAAAUAUAUGAUUCAGAACAUAUCGCUUGUCUCUGCCUCCAACUGUACUGAACUGUCAUUCGCUGUGGAUCUCAAAGACAGACUGUUAUAACGUUCACUGCCUCCUAAACACACACACACACACACACAGACAGACACACAGACAGACACACAGACAGACACACACUCAUCAAAGGGAAAGACAAGAGUGGCCUCAUUUCUAUGUGCAUUCAGUUUGUCCAGUGAGUAGUGAGUCAGUAAGACCCCAGUUAUUGUAAAACUUCAACUGUGACAAUGUUGACAACGCUAAAUAAACAAAUAUAUGACUUAUGGUA